UUUCUAAUUGGGUUCUCCCCUCACGGAUAACGCCCCAAAUCCAAAUGGCCGGCUCUUCCACCUCCAUCUUCUCACCCACCGCCGCCGCCGCCGCCUCCUCCUCCACUCACCACCGACCAUUCUGUUACAAUUUCCCCACAAAGCUCACGCCCGGAUUCAACAGACGAGCCGUCACCCGAAUCCUCGUCUCCUCCUCCACCAACAACCCCACCGCCGCCGCCACUACUCGCGCCUCCGCUUCGGAGAUCGUCUUCUUCGACGGCGGCGCCCACUACGGCGAUCUGGUGGCCAACCUUCUGCUGGGUUUUACCCUGCUGUGGCUGCCCUUGACUCUGGCGGCGGUUUCUAGGGCUUUUUACCUCAGGUACAGGUUCACCAACCUGCGGGUGACCGUGAUUUCGGGACUGACGGGUCAGGAUAGGAGCGAUUUCUCCUACGAGGUGAUCAAGGACGUUCAGGUGGUGCCACGUUUCAUCGGGGAAUGGGGUGAUAUUGUGAUUACUCUCCAGGAUGGUACCAAGGUGGAUCUUCGGAGCGUGCCCAAGUUCAGAGAGAUUGCCAAAUACUGUCUCUCUAUGGCUGAUAAAUCCUCUGCUCCCAAACAGAGUGGACCUAAAGGAUUUUAGACCGAUUAAUGCUUCUGUUGUAAAUGUAAUUCUUCAAUUUCUUUUCUUUGCGGCAGAGGUAUGUAAUUCUAACUUCACUCUUUUCUUUUUAAUUUCUUGAUGGAGGGUCUAUGUGUAUCAAAAUGUCGAAAUUAGUUUCCAUUUCCAUAGUUUUGUAUUGAAUUUUGCAAAGGUUAUGCGAUAUACUUGUAAAAAAA